GCCGGGCGCCAUCUUGCUCGAGCGCCGGGCCGCGCUCGCCGGACGCCGCUCGCUCCCGGCCCCGCCGCGUCCCCCGCGCCUUGGGAAGAGCCCGGCGUGCGGCACGGAGGAUGCGGACGGGCCGAGCCGCUGCCGCAGCGUCGCGCCGUCCCCGGGGGCGGGUGCUGGCCGGCCCCGGCGGGCAGGGCGGCCCCGCCGAGGAUGAGCGCGGGCUGCGGGCGGGCCCCGCGGAAGAAAGCCCGGCCCGGCCCCAGCAGCCCCGGCGGCGGCUCCCAGGGAGAGCGGCAGGAGGGGCGGGGCAGCAGCUCCGCCACCGCCGUGGGGAACAAAGUUUGUAAACAGCAGACAAUUACCAGUUGGUUGGAGAAUAAAGGACCCAAGACAGCGGAGUCCAAAAGCUUGCACAGCAAAAUUAAUAACAAUACUGAAGCAAAUCCUAAGAUGACUUCCAUUAAAAAAGAGAACUUUGGUGAGCAUGAUGUGAAAAAUUUAGAGAAUACUUGUCAGCAAAAUAAUGCAAAAAUAUCUGUGGAAGUUGGUGCAAAGCAAGUAAAUUUGCCUCAGACAGGCAGCAUGUGUAACUGGGAGGCUGAGGAAAAAGAUGCAGUCUUAGAUACAGAUCCUGUGAAGGGGCUGCAGUCUGCAGAGCUCUUUAAAAAUGCCAACAUUGAUCAGAUGCACAAAACUGGCAAGCAGAGGGGCUCUGAAGAAAGCAGUGCCAGUUGGACUCAGAGGAAGGUAUCAGCAGGCCGGGCUUCAAAAGGAGGAAAUUCAAAACCUUCAAAAGACGUCGAGGCAGAUGGACAAGUGGCUUCAUGCAAUCCACAGAAGCUGAAGAGUUGCAGUUCUGUCUGUUUAACGGGUGAGCAAGAGGAAGGGGAUGUAGUUCCAGAAAGUCCACUUUCAGAUGCUGGUUGUGAUGCCUGUGUAUCUGAUCUUGGAGGUCCUGAGAAACUGAGCAAAUGUCAGAGCAGUUCAGGGGACUCUCCUGCUUUUGAGAAAGAAAGUGAACCAGAGUCACCAAUGGAUGUGGACAAUUCUAAAAAUAGCUGCCAUGGGUCAGAGGCUGAUGAAGAAACAAGUCCCUUUCUGGAUGAACGAGAGGAGAUUAAUAUGUCAAAACCCAUAAACAAAUCUUUUAGGAUUCAGUAUGGAGAUGCUGAAUUGGAGUCAAGGAAAUCACAUUUUUCUGCCAAGGGCUGUGAAAGCUUUGAGGAAGUAGAUAAUUCUGUUAAAGAGGACACUCUGCAUACAAAGGCACCUGGGAUCUCCUCUGCUCCAUCAUCAGAAUGCAAAGGUGCAAAACAGGCUGUGAAGAGAGACUCCAAAAUCACUUCUCACUUCAUGAGGAUACCUAAAGUUGAGGAGAAAAGCAGGAGAGAAAAGUGUGAAUUCAAACCCCAGAGGCCAGGAAGGAAGGUUCCGAAAUACACACCACCUCCUCUGCCGAGCAACAAGAAAUGGUUUGGAACCCCGAUUGAGGAGAUGAGGAGGAUGCCGGCGUGUGGGGCCCGGCUGCCCCACCUGCGACCCUCGGCCAACCACACUGUCACCGUCAGGGUAGAUCUUCUGAGGGAAGGAGAGGUACCUAAACCUUUUCCAACUCACUACAAAGAUUUAUGGGACAACAAGCAUGUUAAAAUGCCCUGCUCAGAACAAAAUUUAUACCCUGUAGAGGAUGAGAAUGGAGAUAGAACAGCUGGAAGUCGAUGGGAACUAAUCCAAACUGCCUUACUUAACAAAUUUACCUGCUCACAUGAUUUGAAGGAGGCCAUAUUGAGGUACAAUGUUGCUUAUUCCAAGAAAUGGGACUUCACAGCUCUUACUGACUUCUGUGAGAAGGUUCUUGAAGAUGCAGAGGCUCAACAUCUGUUCCAGUCCAUUCUCCCUGAUAUGGUCAAGCUGGCACUGUGUCUCCCUAGUAUCUGCACCCAGCCAAUACCUCUGCUGAAACAAAAGAUGAAUCACUCCAUCACAAUGUCCCAGGAGCAGAUCUCCAGCUUUCUGGCCAAUGCUUUCUUCUGUACUUUUCCACGUCGCAAUGCGAAGAUGAAGUCUGAGUAUUCCAGUUAUCCAGACAUUAACUUCAACAGGUUGUUUGAAGGGAGGUCACCAAGAAAGCCUGAAAAACUUAAGACCCUUUUCUGCUAUUUUAGAAGAGUCACAGAAAAAAAACCUACGGGAUUGGUGACGUUCACAAGGCAGUGUCUCCAGGAGUUUCCAGAUUGGGAGAGAUCUCAGAAAAAAUUAUCUAGAUUGCAUGUCACCUAUGAAGGCACCAUUGAAAACAAUGGACAAGGUAUGCUGCAGGUUGAUUUUGCAAACCGUUUUGUCGGAGGCGGUGUGACCGGGGCAGGACUAGUACAAGAAGAAAUUCGGUUUUUAAUCAAUCCAGAGCUGAUUGUAUCAAGGCUCAUCACUGAAGUCUUGGAUCACAAUGAAUGUCUUAUCAUCACAGGUACUGAGCAGUACAGUGAGUACACAGGCUAUGCAGAGACUUACCGCUGGGCAAGGAGCCACGAAGAUAAGACCCCUAGGGAUGAGUGGCAACGACGCUACACUGAAAUUGUUGCUAUAGAUGCAUUUCACUUCAGACGUUUCCUUGAUCAAUUUGGUCCAGAUAAAAUUAGAAGAGAGCUCAACAAGGCCUACUGUGGCUUCUCUCGACCCAACGUUCCACCUCAGCAUCUCUCUGCAAUAGCCACAGGAAACUGGGGAUGUGGUGCCUUUGGAGGGGACUCCCGAUUAAAAGCCUUAAUUCAGAUAUUGGCAGCUGCAGAGGCUGGACGUGAUAUUGUGUAUUUUACCUUUGGAGAUGUGGAGCUGAUGCGGGACAUUUACAGCAUGCAUACUUUUCUCUGUGAGAAGGGCCAAACUAUUGGGGACAUUUAUAGGCUGUUGCUGAGAUACUACAAUGAACAAUGCAGGAACUGUUCUACUUCAGGACCAGAUGUCAAGCUGUACUCUUUCAUAUACAACACCCUUGAGUCCUAUGCACAUUCUACUGAUGAUGAUGAGGAGGAUGAAGAAAAAGGGUUGUGCUUUGAAGAUUAAAAUAAAUGUAUUUGAUCAGAAUAAUGUUUAUCUCCUCCCACUGGUAUAUUGUGUGAAUUGCUGGACAUAAUGAAUGAGCUGGCUUUAUUUAUAUUGACUGCAUUGGUAGUUAUGUAUAACACCCAAACAAAAAACCCCACAAACACCUUUGAGAGAUGAGAUUUAUUUGUUUGAUGGUUUGAUACAUGAAAACCUUGUUCAUGUGUGUACAGAGAAAAAUUCUUUGGUAAGUCUGGUUUGCAUUAUAUCUUGUUAAGUAGAAUAUUUUGGUACAUUUCACUUGAGAUUGCUAAAACCCUUCAGAUUUCCCUGUACUCCUUUGCCUUUAUUUUUCGGAGCUCUUAUAUAGAUUUCUCAUGGAGGCUUACAGCUGGAGUACAGACAGCCAUGGAACUCCUCGGAUGAUGUUAGAGGGAAGCAUUUUAAUGAUUGCUCUUACUGAAAAUUGUCAUAAUCCUUAAGAGUGCCAAGAUACCAUUGGUGUUCUUACCAAAGUUUUCAUUCUUUUAACUUAAAAUAUUCUGGGUCUAAUUAUUUUUUUUUUUAAUUGUUAAAAAUGGAAAAGUUCUGGGGGAGUCAAGAAUGCAUUUCACAACUGCACGGUCUUUACCAAAUUAGACAUAAAAAAUAGCAUAAACAAGUAGAGAAAGAACAACAAGAGUGACAAAAUGAGAAAUGUGACCAAAGCUGGAAGCAGAGGGAAAGAUUUUCACAUGAAACUCUUCAAUACCAUUUUGUUGGUGCUAUCUGUUACCACAUUGAACAAGGUUUUAGUCUAUUGGAAGCUUCUCAAGGUUCACUGCUUCUGACAAUAUUUGAGUUAAGGUCUGGUAGUUAUGUUCAUAUUGUCAUAUCAGUUCUCCUCUCAGUAUGCAUAUGUGUGAGUAUAAGAUCCCCAUGGGAUACGUGAGUGAGGAAACAAAUCACAUAUCAGUGGGAGGAAAGUCUGCUGGUUACAGAUAAGAACAUGAGGUCUUCUUAGGGAUUUCUGCCUGUGUCAUUUUAGACGUGAGAAUAACAGUGAAGUGUUGGCAAAACAUUUUAAAACCUGUGCUUUUACUAUCUGUGAAUACCAAAUUAGUGUUGCUGUAGUACAUUAAUAGUUUACACAAAACUGCAGAUACAUCUGUGAUAAAACUUUUUCAGGUCUAUGUACAGGGCAGAUCCAGUGAGACUUUUUUCUAUUUGUAUUUAAGCCCAGUUUAAGUUUCAGCCCAGAUUCCUAAGUUUAACCUCUUCUGUGUUAGGUUUUUAUUGUCUGUCAUAGUUGCUAUUACAAGUUAGCAAUACAAGUAAAAUCUGCAGCAGGAAAUGUAGUGACCUAAGUUUCUUAAUCAAUGAAUCCUUUUGAGUUAUGUCAGAUAAAACUCUCCAAGCCUCAAACACACCAUGGUAAUUAAAUGCUGGAAGCUGUUGGCAGUCUGGCUUAGAAUAAAUCACUCACUGCUUGAUCUGCUCUGGGGGAAGCAACGGGAAGGAGUCUGGGUCAUUUAUAAAUACCUUCAGGGAGCUGUACCUUGGCAUGAAUUCUAAGUGGGCAGCUUGCAGGUAUGUUACUUGGGAAGUGAUGGACACAGAGGUUUCUUCCUGUUCUUCCCACCAGGUGUAGGUUUCUCCACCCCCAUCCAUUUUGAGAAAAAAUUUUUGGCUAGAAUUUCAGGGUUUUUUCUGUGUUUGCAACCUGUGUCCUCAGAUUUAGCAGAAAUCUUUUCUCCUGCUCCUGGUGUUUCAGUGUUGGCUCAGAUUCUGGCAAUAGGAAUAACUGUUUUAUUAGCUCUUAUUUGAGCAUUUAGGUUCAAGUAUGAUAGUGCUUCUAGAUGCAUUGCUGAUGAUUGAUGUACCCUGGGAAUUAUGACAAGUGAUGGAAAACUGGUGCUAUCAGCCAAACCUUUUUCACCUUACUACUCAGGAUCUCGUAUAGAAGAGAUGAACAGAAUUUGUUCCAAAACAACUGGAAAAAAUAAAACAAAAAGCUUUAGAUGGCUAGAAAUGACCUCCCCUUUAUUAUAUAUAAAUCCUUCUUCUUUAGUGCAAUGUAGUCAUUGUGAGAAGUGAUUGGUCAGGUAUGAAAAAAUGUACCAAAAUAUGAUGGAAUGAAAUUCUACUUCAACUCUAGAAACAGAAAAAAUUAACUUUGGAGAGACUCUCAGAUGAUCAUAUUGUAGGUAUGCAGUUAAAAGAGUUCUUGCAGUGUCAAGUGCUUCCAGGAAGAUCCUAGUCUUUUUAUGCACUCUGUAGUUUCAGUGAUACUGAGCAUUUUCUAAUAUGGGAAGAAUGCCUUUUGUUUGAGAUCAUUCAUUAGGAUAUGUUUACCAUACCUUUUUCUCUAGUGAAUUAUGCUUGUAUGGACAGGAACAAAGGAAAAUAACUUCUUUUUCAUUUCAUGUGUUGUCUGAAAAAGAGUGAUAUAUCCUGGAUUCUAUCGUGUGUUCCUGAUCUCAUAAAGGACAACAUUGUAAGAACGCUUUGAAUAUGAUUUUGAUCACGGGCAGACUGAAGAUUAUUUUGUUGUUGUUGUUGUUGUUUGUUUUGGUUUUUUUUUUAAGCAAAAUGGCCCAGAAUUAGAUAGCAGUGGUGUUACAUUCCCAUGAUAUUCUAAUUCAGUAAAGAGCUGAACUGCCCAGAUUGCUGCAUGUCAGCCCAAUAAGUGCUCUACAUCUUUCUUUUUCUCCCCACCCAGCACUCCCCAUUUCCAAACUCCUUGAAAUGUUUCCUUUAGCUGGCGAUGCCUUCGGUGCUCUGGGGGAAGUGGUGUGGAAUGGAGAUGCCAGUGAUCUCCUUGUGCAGCCUAGAAAGCUUCAGGUUCACCCUUCCAGAAACCUGGUCAUGUAGCAUUCUAGGUUUGGGAUUUUUUAUUAUUUUAGGGAUGUUUGCUAUAUGAUUUACAAUAAAAAUUAACUUCCUAUCAAAACUUUCGUUUUAUACUUUUUAGCAGCUAAAUUGAAUGCUUAAUAUGAAACAACAACAGGCAGUCAUGUCGAUUGCAAUGUUGCCUCAUAGUCAAGUUUGGUGUCUGAGCACUUCUGUUGUUCUACAGCUCUUGCAGCUAAAUUGCUCAGUUUUGAUGUUUCCUUAUCCAAUGAGGAGUAUCCAAUACUGUAUAUAUUAAUUUAUAAACUGUUAAAGUGUUCCUGACAUUCUUCUAAACUUACAGUUUAUGCACCAUUAUAUUGUAUUGAUUUUUCUGGAUCUGUAUGCUAAUGUUUACAGAAUUUUGUAGGAAUACAAUUAAAAAAUUCUGAUUGAAGCCAUGUUGUGUAAUUUGUCACUUAAUGUACUUUCCAGGACAGAAGAAUUCCAGCACAUUUGAAUGCACAGGGCAUAAUAUUGCAGAUAGUUCUAGCAGUAAACUGACACAUAACACAGAGCUGAGAAAUUUAUUCUUCCUGUACAGUAUUGUGGUAGUUGCUUCUGCCUGCACAGCACUGUAAAACACAAUCAGCUACUGUAAAUUGGAAGAGUGUCAGUGUGAGUGUGGGGUUUCAUCCAUGUGUAUGGCCGUAUGCAGAUAUUCUGAUGUUUCCAAGCUUUUGGUAAGCAAGUAGAUGUUGGAUUAUUCAUUGAACUUCAUGAAGGAAAUGUCACUAAAUAAAAGCAAAUAACCCUCUAAAAAUAUAUAAAUAAUUAACAUGUUGUAUAGGGGUUUUUAGGGUUUGU